CCCCACCGGCCACCACCACCACCACUCGCCGGCUCAAUGGCCGCCAUCCCCGGCGACCACUGUCCCAGCAGCAGCGGCGGCGGAGGGGGUGGGGACGGAAGCGCGUGCUCCACCCCCUUCGUCAGCGCGCCGUCCAGCCCCGCCCGCGACCCCUCCUUCUCCGCCGCCGGCUGCUUCUACAGCGCGCCGGCGAGCCCCGCGCGCGGCGGACCCGGCACCGAGGAUGACUACGGCUGCGAGCUGGGGUUCGACUUCGACUUCGACUUCUCCUCGCGAUGCCCGUCGCCAGCCGCGGCCGCGAUGUCCUCCGCCGACGAGCUCUUCCACAACGGCCAGAUCCGGCCAAUGCGGCUCGCGUCGUUCCUCCUCCGCCCGCAGGCUCUCCCGCCGCUGAACGGAGACGUCCCAGCAGGCCGUCCGGCGCCGCCGCCGCCGGAGGCGGAGGCGAAAGCGGCGCCGGCGGACGAGCGCGGCCGUUUCAGGAGCCGGUCGGUGCACCGCCGGUCCCGCUCCCUCUCCGCGGCGAGCUCCGGCGAGGCAGUGGCUGGGGAGGUGGCCCCAUCGGCGUCUCGGUCGUCUUCCUCCUCGUCGACCGCGUCCUCCGCGUCAUCCUCCUCUUCAAGAAGCUACCGCAGGUGGGGGUUCUUGAAGGACUUCCUCCACCGGAGCAAGUCCGACAGCAGCAAGCACCCACCUGUACCCUCUAAUCCGUUGCCUCCGCCGCCGGCGCCCAAGAGGAACCUCUCCCCGGCGGCGUCGCGAGGCCGCGGGAGGGCGAGGGGGUCGGCGCACGCGCGCCUGUACGAGGCCCGGCGCGCGGAGACGGAGGAGAUGCGGCGGCGCACGUUCCUGCCGUACCGGCAGGGCCUCCUCCUCGGCUGCUUGGGGCUCGGCUCCCCGGGCUACGGCGCCAUGCACGGCCUCGCCGCCGCGGUCGCGGCCGGCAAGUCCAGACCGUGACGCGCGCCGUCACCACCUCAACCUCCAUGAACGCCUAUCCUCUUCCUCCUUGAGCUGCCGUUCUUGGAGCUCAUCUGUUCAUGGCUUAGCUUAGUGUUAAGUAAGUAUUGUAAUGUCAAGUAAGUGAGUAGCUGGGAAAAAAGGGGUUGACUUUAUUUUGUUGUAUAGAAAAGGGAUCAGUGGGCUGUUUGUUCUCUGUUUGUAGUAAUCGCAUGGUGUUGUAAUGCAAGUGUUUUGACUGCUGGAAAAGCUGGUCUUUUGAUGGUGAUUCUUGUUCUUGUUGGGAGUUCUUUGGUUGAGUGGUCAUGGUGGUGACAUGGCAAGAGCCAGGAACUGGAAUUUUGUGCUCUGUGAAGCAGCGAUUUAGUUUGAAAAUCUUUAUUUGUCAGUUUAA